AGAGAGACAAUGAGUGGUGGUAUCAGCGACCCCCUGCAGAUGAAGCAGGAACUACAGACCUCGGUCUGCAAGGUCUGUUGCUCGCCCUGGCAACGGACUCCAAACAAAACAAAACCCUGAGAAGAGGCCUUUUCUCGAUCCAGAUAAGAAAACCCCGAAGCCUAAAUAUCUAUCUACCUAUCCUGUCUCAGGUGAAAUGAGCUCGCCUUUGUCGAUGCUGAAGAAAACGAGGCGCACUCCUCUGCAGGGCCCUCUGAACGAGCAAUGGGGCAGACAAAAGGUGCCCAUCAGGAGGAACAUGUUAAAAGAAUUUCAGGCUGCGUUGGUUGAGGAUGAUGAUGAUGAAUCCUCUGAUCUAACUCCUCCCCCGACCCGUCACACUGCAGCCAAUGAUGCCGCCACUUCAAAGUCAAAAGCCCCAUCAAAGAAAGGUGCUCCACCGAGCGACUUUGAGCUAAUGUCUGCCAUGAUGCAGCGGGUCAGCCUGCUGGAGCAAAGCGUGAGGAGCCAAGCAAAGGAGAUUGAGCGCAAGGAUAAAAGGAUUUCAGUGUUGGAGGCAAAGCUGAGAUUUCCCAAAGAAUCAGAGAGUACCCAUGAGCCGAGUGGAAGAGACAACCUUGAGAGAAGGUGCCAACAACUGCAGGAUCAAGUGUCUGAAAUGGAUAGCUUUCUGAAUGACUAUGGUCUGAUCUGGGUGGGAGAUGGUGAGAGCAGUGACUCGGCUGAAAGUGAGCAGCCAGACGCCUCUGUGGCCAGGAGCUUCUACAUGAACUUUGACCUGGCGCUGCAGAGGAUCAGGGAGCUGAACAUCCUGGCAGGGGAGGGAGAGUGUUUUGUACAGUCGACAGCCACAGGGGCACAUUUGGCAAGAAAGGAUCCUAUUCAACUGGGUCUCUACCGCAACGGCAUCGUCAUGUUUGAAGGUCCUUUCCGCUCCUAUCAGGAGCACAGCACACAGCGGUGCAUGCAAGAGCUGAUGGACGGGUAUUUUCCAUCUGAGCUUCAAGAAAGAUUUCCAGAUGGUGUGCCCUUUGAGGUUCUUGACAGGCGAGAUCAGGAUUUUAUCUCCAGGCUUCCUUGGAAUAAGUUUCCCGGCAAAGGACAGGCUACUCGUGGGGAGAAAGAUGAAUCAUCGAAUGCCGUCAGCUCUCAAUUACCCGGCAAGAAGUUGAGCACGGAUCAGUUCCUGAACAGGUUACCAAAAGUGGUAGUGAAGGCUGCUUGUGUGAUUGACGUCAGGGACUCACUGAGGGCUGUCCUGCAGGGUUCGUCUGAUGCACAGAGCAGCAACUCGGUGAUCCUCGUCGACACACCGGCACGGCAAGUGAUACGAGAGAGACUGCAGACAUCCAGCCCCGACCGGCCUUCAUCUGCCCGUGACGUCAUCACGCUGAAGGUGAAAUCAGAAGACGGGAAUCAUACUUACAUCCUGAAAAUGUGCUUCUCAGAAACAAUGGGUCACCUGCGACAGCAUCUGGACGAACACAGAGGGGGUGGACUCCCUGGUUAUGACAUCAUCAGUGCGUUCCCACAGUGCUGCUUCGAUGACGACCGGCAGACGCUCGAAUCGUGCGGACUCACAGCUAAUGCUACUCUGCUGCUGCGAAAGAGGCAACACCCCCCCCCCCAUUCACUGACUGAAGUCAAUAAAAUGAACCUAUAAAAAGGUUUGGUAUCAGUUUC